UGAGGUGUGUGAGUACUGUGGGGGGCUGGUGAGGCUUCGGGCGCUGUGGGAGCUGCGUCCCCUCAGGGGCUCCGGGGUCGUGUGCGCUUGGGCUUGCUUACGCAAAAAGCGUACCAGUAUUUAGUUAUGUGUUUCCCUCAAAAGUACAUGCUUACUUGGAAAAGAGUUGCUCACUGGUGGAAGUGUAUCUGAUUUGUAACGCUUACUAGACUUUUUGGAGAGUAAUUUCUGUCACGGUAAUCUACUGAAAGUCAUCGUAAAUGCCGUUAUAGCUACUGUGAGACAACAGUGUUGUUAUGCUGUUUUGUUUUGGGUUUUGUUUUAGGGAAGGUAACUCCUUCAUUGCUGUUCUCUUUAUGGUAUUUACAACUUCAAAGGCUAAAAAUACCUUGUUACUUUUACAACUAAAUCUCGAAUUCUGAUGCUGAUGAAUUUUAUUAAUCAACUCCUUAUGUAUAUUGUAUGUAAUGCUGAGAGUGCCUGGGAUGCUUAGAGAUGAAUGAGGUGUGUCAACAGUUUUUACAUUGCCUGUCCAUACUAGAAAUGGAAAAGGUUAAGAGGUUUGUUUCUGAAGUGUAGGUCCCUUUUCUCUGUUAGAAAUUACUAAUUUCUUACUGGAUUCCUUACUAUGUCCACUUCCUUCCUUAAAGUGACUUAAUUGGUGUUUCUGCAUCUGUGUGUUUUGCUUUGUACUGUUUUAUGAUUUUUGCACUGCACAUAAAUAUUAUUCAGACUAAAUGUAAAUGUCAGGUAACUUUCUCAUCAUGCAAUUUUUUUUUCUCUUCAGCAGAAUUGUAAGUAAGCAUCUCAAAAAAACCUUUUGCUAAUACAUAACACUUCACCCCACCUCCAAACAAAAGUGAAAGAGAAAACUGUAAGAAUAGUUAUCUUGGCAGGUUUUUCUUGGAGCUAGUAUAGCAGUGUCAAUGUAGGUAGUACUAGUUUUUCACUAGUGUGGGCUGUCAUCACAGGAAGUAAGGAACAAUGUCAAAUUUGAGCAAAUAAACUCCUUGGAAUUUAUUUACCUAAGUUCCAUGCUAAUGCCACCUGCAGUGAUAGUUGGAGCUGUCUGAGGAGGUAAAGAAUAUGACAGGAGUCCAUAGUGGUAGGUGAAAGAAGACUUCGAGGCCAUGGAAACAAUGAGACCGUACUAUAGUAAAGUUAGGAAUAACUGAUUUUAUUUCAGUGUAUGAGAGAAUGCCUAUUACUAUAACUGUUAAUACAAUUUUAUAUAUAUAUAUAUUUAAAUGUUUAGUUUGGUAAUGGAGAGAGAGAACCUAAAAGUGAUACUUUAAUUUUAUUCUGAACUUAGAUUACUGUGUGGUGAUAGGAUUUCCAUGCUGGUGCAUGGAUCUGUCAGCACUUUUCCUAAUUGUGUUUCUGUAGCAUUGGGUUUAUAAAAAAGUUUUUAUGUAAUAAUUAGGGAAACACUGCCAUUGCUCUUAUGACUUCUAAAUGUUCCACUUUUUUGAAAAAAACCUACUACUUGUAUUUGUAUCCCUGUAUUGCACUAAUGGGGUAAAUAUUUAUAUGCAAAGUAUUGAGGUCAGUCAUGAAAAACUCUUUCAGUGACACAUCUUUGUUUGUAGGGUUCUUAUUUAAGACAAGUAAAAAAUGAAGAAACUUGAAACUUGUCAGGUUUUCACUGCAACAAAGAGAUAUAUACAGUAUUGAUAACUGGUUUUAAAAAUCUUCUAAUGUGGUCUUGCCAUGUAAAGUCUGAACUUUUAUUGUCUCCAAUCUAUAAGUUGAGCUUAAGGUAAAAUACUGAUGACUUGCAAAAUGGAUGCAACACGCAGUUUAACCUAUUGUAGAGGCAAAGAUUUUCACCCAGCCUUUCUGCUAAUGUAUAAUGCAUAUAAUGACACAAGAUCAAACAGCAGUCAGUUGUGCCAGAAUCAAUUUAAAAUAUAGACAAAUGCAGAUUUACUAUCACAGCCUUCAUUCUGUUAGCACACACAUAAAAUAACACUAUAUAUAUGACAGUCUUAAAGCAUGAGUAGAUUACUUUCCAAUUGCUGUCACCAUUUGGCUGCUUCUUUGCUUAUGUUAUGAAGAAAACCUAAUUUUGCUUAUAGUUUGUGAUCAGCUGCAUCUUCAUGUUCUUAUGAUGAAGUGUUCCUUCCCUUAUAUUGUGAACAUCAUUGUGGAACAUUUGAAAUAAGAAACCUAUUCCACUAAAAUAUGGUACUUUUUCCUUGAGAUGAAAACUUAUGAAAGUUACAUGAAACAAAAUAUAAAAUUAAACUUAAAAUGGAGGGUAGCAAAUCAGAAUUCACUUUUAAAAAUAAGUAAACUAAGUAGUAAUUGUGAAACUUAGAAAAAUAUAGUGCUCUUAUUUAGUGUCUUCUCCUGAAAGGAGAUAAAACUAGCCCACAAUCACAAGUCUUUUAAGCAAUCUGUGGAAAUAUAUUGUAGAUUAUUUCAGUUUUUAAACCAGAAGUUUAAAAAGUUACUAGUAUUUCUUGUUGCCUAAUUUUAAUUUUUUUUAAUGUAGGUAGAAGGCUACAUGUUCACUUUGAGUAGAAAGGAGCAUGUUCCUAAAUUCCUCCAACUUGGGUUGUCCACCCUUCCCUCCAGAACGUCAUCAACAAAGUAAUUUCUUCAGUAAGGUUCAUCUAAAUAUGCCACCUGCUCGUCUCCCUCACCAGCUCAGUUUAACUCAGUUUAACUUUCAGAGUGCAGCUUUUUCCAGGCCUCUGAGUGGGAACCUCACAACUGUUCCAGCUGUUACGCUGCAGCCAUUGACUUAUGGAAAUGGCAGUCCACUAUGUGUGUCUGCAGCCCCUAUAUCAUUCCAAGGAAGAAAGAGACUAAGUGAACAAAGUGUUCCAUAUGAUGUCAAACGGCAGCGAUUUCAUUCACCUCAUCGUGAAACUACUGUAGUUAACCAAGCAGUGCCUUUACCAGAAGAAUGUAGGUAUUCCUAUCCAGGAUCAAUUCCAUCUCCGCUGUUCCAUGCAUAUUACAUACCAUGUUUAACUGGAUGUGUUCCUCCAUUGCGAGAUGCUUCGUUUCCAGACCCUAUAGAAACCAUGCUCCCUGUGGCAAAAGAUAAGUUAAGUCAGCAGGUUUUGGAGUUGUUUCAAGCAUGUCAGCAACAGACCUGUGAUUUGAACAGAAAAGAGCUUUGCAGAAUAGAACUCCAGAGAGAACUUCAGUGUAUUUUUCCACGGAGCAAGCUCUUCUUGGUUGGGUCCUCACUGAAUGGGUUUGGCACUCGUAGCAGUGAUGGUGACUUGUGUUUGGUGGUUAAAGAAGAACCAGUAAAUCAGAAGACUGAAGCAAGGCAUAUACUCAGCUUAGUCCAAAAACUCUUCAGUACUAAACUUUCAAGCUACAUUGAACGACCUCGGCUGAUUCAAGCAAAAGUGCCAAUAGUGAAGUUCAGGGAUAAAGUCAGCUGUGUGGAGUUUGACUUGAAUGUAAACAAUAUUGUAGGAAUAAGAAAUACAUUCCUUCUGAGAACCUAUGCAUACAUUGAGAAUAGAGUUCGUCCCUUAGUGCUGGUUGUUAAGAAGUGGGCGAGUUACCGAGACAUAAAUGAUGCCAGUUGUGGUACUUUAAGCAGCUAUACUCUUGUGUUGAUGGUUUUGCACUAUUUACAGACCCUACCUGAACCCAUCCUUCCAUCCCUCCAAAAAAAUUAUCCAGAAUGUUUUAAUCCUACUAUGCAGCUGCAUCUUGUUCAUCAAGCUCCAUGUAUCAUUCCUCGUUACCCCUCAAAAAAUGGAUCAAGCCUUGGAGACUUACUAAUAGGCUUCUUCAAAUAUUAUGCCACAGAAUUUGAUUGGAGCCAUCAAAUGAUUUCAGUUCGUGAGGCUAAAGCUGUUCCAAGACCUGAUGGUAUUGAAUGGAGAAACAAAUUCAUAUGUGUAGAAGAACCCUUUGAUGGGACAAACACUGCUAGAGCUGUACAUGAAAAACAGAAGUUUGAUAUUAUCAAAGAUGAAUUUCUGAAGUCUUGGCAGAUAUUACAAGACAAGAAAGACCUGAACUGUAUAUUACCUUUAAGAAUAACCACAUGGAAAAGAUAACCAACUUGUUCCAUUUUUCUCCUUACUGGAUCCUGCUGAAAUAAAGAGGAGUAUCAAAAUCAAGAUGCAGUUACCCCAUAGUUUUUUUACAUGUUUUUCUCCUUAAACUUUGGUUACGGAAAUGUUUACAGAAAAGAUUGCAUAUUUUAUUAUUGACAUUUUUUAAUACAGGUGUUCAUUCAAAGAUAUGCUUUCUGAAAAAGCUUGCAUUGUUGACUUCUAGAAGAAACUGUUGUGACUCAAACAGCAGACAAAAUAAAUCCAUUUUAAAGUAUGGGGAUAUACUGACUUGUUUCUAUAAUCUGUGUAAUCAUUAAUUUGGAUGCGUUUAACAAUGAAAUGAAAUUCAGAGUUAAACAAAGUGUGAGUCUGACUGUAUCCUUAAGGCAUUGCACAGUGCUUGAUGAACAGACAGCCCAGGCUUUACAUCUGCUUAACGCAGUAUGCACUUUUGCUUAACUUAGCACUUUCCAGUUUUAUUUCCCUUUUACGUAGAACAACAAGCAACAGUUUAUGAAAAUUAAGUUAGAUUAUAGUUGGUAGUAUUCUGGAUACAAAGAACUACUCUAAACUGGAUUUUUCAAGCAACAGUUCUACUGCAAAGAAAUAGAAAUAAAAAAGGACAAAUCAAUAUAUGUAAAUGCUUCAUAUUCACACAGAGUAGGCAAGAUACUUUUUAGGCUUCCUCUUAAAUAUCACUACUACUUCAUAUAUCU